AUGGCCGGUUUGGGGAAAACAACUCUUGCAAAACAGGUUUAUCGUGAUAAUGAAGUCAGACAACACUUUGAUUGUUUUGCUUGGGUUUGUAUAUCUCAACGAUUUCAAGUACGAGAUGUCUGGGAAGAAAUCUUAGUCAAAGUUUCUGCCUUGGAAAGAAAAGAAAUUGCUCAAAUGAUGGAUGGUGAAAUAGCGGCGAAGCUUUAUCUUGUACAGCAAGAGAAUAAAUGUUUGGUAGUACUCGAUGACAUAUGGACUAUCGGGACCUGGGAGUCUCUAAAAGCCGCAUUUCCACUGUGUGAGGAAACUAAGAGCAGAAUAUUACUCACAACGCGGAAUGAAGAGGUAGCUCGGUAUUCAGACAGAAAUAGUUUCCUCUUCCAACCUCAACCAUUAAAUGACCAUAACGGUUGGCAACUGUUGGAGAAGAUAGCAAUUUUUGGUAGAGAUGAAAUAGAUUCCAGAACUUUCACAAUGAUGAAAAAACUAGGGAAGAAGAUGCUUCAACCAUGUGCAGGUCUCCCAUUAGCCAUUACUGUUCUCGCAGGACUUCUAGCAAGAAAGGAGACAGUUGAUGAAUGGGAUAUGGUGCAUAAAAAUGUUUGUGCAUAUAUUCGAAGAGGGGAAGGCCAUAAACAAGAAAACAAAGGAGCUUUGUGGUUGUUGGCAUUAAGUUAUGAUGAUCUACCGUAUCACUUAAAACCCUGCUUUCUGUAUUUGGGCCAUUUUCCUGAAGAUUUUGAGAUACCAGUGAAAAGAUUGACUCAAUUAUGGAUAGCAGAAGGUUUUAUAUCUGCAUCACAAGAAAGAAUGACAGUGGAGGAGACAAUGGAGGAUGUAGCUUAUGGUUAUUUGAAUGAGUUGGUAGAAAGAUGUGUGCUACAAAUUUCAGAACAGGGUUCUGUUAGAAAGAUUAAAUCUUGUCAUCUUCAUGAUCUCAUGCGAGACUUGUGCUUAGAAAAGGUGAAACAGGAGAACUUUCUCCAGAUUUCUUCUUCCAUGAUAGCCAAUGAUGCAGCAACGGUUGAAGUUCGAAGACUUGCAAUCUACUUGGAUGAGAAUGCCGAUGAAUUGGUUCCAUUGACAAACCACAAAGACAGCCACCUUCGGUCACUACUGUACUUUUACCCAGGAUAUUAUUGGAUUCUCAGAAAUGAGAAGUUAGUAGGAUUGCUGUUUAAGAAGUUCAAAUUGCUUCGAGUUUUGAAGCUUGAAUGGUUGGGAACACCGGUAGAAUUGCCGAAUGAGAUUGGCAACAUGGUCCACUUGAGAUUUUUGAGUCUUUCCAGAUGUGUUGUGGAAGAUGACACAACUCAGGCAUUUAUAUUUACCCCUCUAUUGGACGGCAGAACCUAA